AUGGCCAAAGUGUACGGUACCAAAUCGGUCGAAGAAGCCUUGAAACACUUGGCCAAAGUCGCCGAAUCAAACCCAAACGACCCCUUUGCCUGGCAAGCAAUUGGACUACAGUUCCAUGCCAUCAGAUGCUACCAAGACGCCUUAACCUACUUCUUGAAGGCUGAACAGAUUAAGGUAAUAUUUCGAUAAGUUACGUAUACUUUACUUUAUUUACUGAAAUCAUUUCUUUUUUUUUUUUUUUUUUGUCAUUUUAACACUUAUAAUUACUAUUUUUACUAUUAUUACUGCAGUACCUGACAAAGUUACUGUGAAACCCCAUGUUUUUAAUUCUUGCAGCUUUAAGCUCUAAUUACCACUAUUAUUUUUGCUUGUUAAUCUUUUAAUUUUCCACUGGAAAUCUGUUUUUAACCAUUACUUUUGCAGGCAAACAUCUCUGCUUCCAACUUGUACUACAUCGGGGACUGUUUACGAAGAAUUGGUGCAAUCGAUGAAGCUCAGAUCUACUUCAAAAGAGCUCUAACAGUACCAGUCAGGAACCGAGUCGACCAGAAAGGAUUCGCAGCAGCCAAGAAAUACCUAUUAAGUCAUGGAUACACGGAAAGCGAAUUUAAAAAACCAAUACGAAAAAUGUCAUCAGUCAACUGA